AUGGCAGCCACAGGGCUGGGGGUGCCGGAGGGGCGCUGUGGGGUGCCCCCCGAUGCCUGGUGCCAGAGCUGGGAGACGGCGCUGCGCUGCGGGGCCCUGGGGCACUGCGCCCGCCACGCCUGGGCGCCCCCCGCCACGGACGUCUGUGCCGACUGCCAGGAGAUCGUCACCCUCCUCACCCGCAUGGCCAACGAGUCGGCCACCAAGGCGGCCGCGGAGGGCUUCCUGCGGCGGGAGUGCGCGGCGCUGCCGGUGCCCACCAUGGUGACGUCGUGCCAGGACCUGGUGCACAAGGCCUUCAGCCUCCUCCUCGCUGACCUCGAGGGGCACCUCAAGCCCUCAGCCAUCUGCGCCCACCUGGAGCUGUGCCCCGGCGAGCUGGGGGGGGCCCCGGCCGCGCCCCCCCUGGGGAUGCUCAGCGCCCGCCUGCAGGCCCUGCCCGUGCCCGUGCCGCUGUGCUGGCUGUGCCGCACCUUCCUGGCCCGCGCCGAGGCCGCCAUCCCGACGCGGGCGCUGGGGACGGCGGCGGCGGGGCUGUGCCGGGCGCUGCCGGUGGCGGCGGUGGGCGCGUGCCAGUGCCUGGCGCAGCGGUACAUGGCGCUGGCGCUGGAGGGGCUCCUGGGGCGCCUGGCCCCCCGCCUGCUCUGCCGCCUGGCCCUGGGCUGCCGCCCCGAGGUGGGGGGCGCCCCGCUGCCGGCGCCUCCCCGGCACCCCCUGGGAGCCACCGGGGCCCCGCCAGCCGCCUGUGCCGGCACCGAGGUGACUCCAGAGGAGGACCUCCCCGCGCUGUCGCCAAACGUGGGGCUCUGCGCCCUGGGCCCGACCUACUGGUGCUCCAGCCCCGAGGCCGCCCGCCGCUGCCAGGCCCUGCAGCACUGCCAGGAGCACGUCUGGGCUUAG